AUGGUUGACGUAGCUCAAACGACAAUCCCUGGAUACAGCCCUGCAUCGGUCCCGAAUGACGCUAAAGUUGUGGUAGUCAAUCAAGUUGAGAGAUAUCUUAUAUUUCUUGUGAAGCGUCUUCUUCAGAAUAACAAGUUCCCUAAGCUCUUUGGAGAACCAUUUUGGAAAGACGGAGGGACUGACAGACUUCCAAGGAGAAAUAAAGACUAUAAAAUUAGUACCGUAAACUCUGAAGUCGUUGAUGGGUUUACCGGAGGACUCUACUGGGAUGGUGAACACAAUCGACUUUACUGGCUAGAAAUGGGUUACGAUGAUGACCCAAUGUCUAUCGUCUGCUACAAUCCAGACACAGGGGUGACCUUCAAGGCUACAAUAGGAGGCAAGCUGAGACCUUUGUCCAUGGCUAUUCAAGUGGAAGGGACACAGGAUAUGUUCCUUAUAGGAGUGGGAGGUGCUCUGGCUUUGAUUCGGUGGGAUUGUACAAGUAACAGAGAUAUCAAUCCUGUUGAGGUAUUUCACUUGGAAAAUGGUAAGCGAUUUAAUGAUGGAAAAGCGGACUCUGCAGGACGACUUUGGGCUGGUACAUUGAAACCAGGGUCCAGCCCACGUUGGUAUGACUAUAGAUUUGCAUCUAUCAACAAAAUUGACGAAGGAAAACAAUUAAAACGAAUGUUCUCUAGAAAGGAGAUGAUGAACGGUAUGGAAUGGAGUUUGGACGACAAUACUAUAUUCUUUAUGGAUUCUUGGAACCAUAUUAUAUACAAGGUUAACUAUGAUAGAAAAAAAGAUGAACUAGGAAAAUCGAGAUGGGCCUGGUACACCCUAUACGAAUCCACAGCAGAAACACCUGAAUACAUUUCUGGUUAUGGACUGACCAUCGACAAUGAAGGGCAGCUGUGGAUCCCUGGCAACGGUCUGGGGACGGUGUUUCGAAUUAAUCAUGAGCAAUUGGGUCCGAAUCCACUGGUAUCCUUGAAGGCGGAAGAGAUAACAAUACCCGAAACCAUGUGGCCGACGUCUGUGUGUUUUGGCGGCAAAGACCUCGACAUUCUUUUUGUAACAACCGCUCGUUUCGAUUGGACAAAGAUUCUCAAAAAUAAAAAACAAAAUCCAAACGCAAGUACUACGGAUUACCCAAAAUCUGGAUAUACGUUUAUGAUAACUGGGCUUGGAGUGACAGGAGCGAGACCCAGCAGACCCGUCAAAAUACCAGAUGAUAUGCUGAAGAAAUGCUGCUAG